AUGUCUUUCCAAAAAGAAGACAUAUCGCUUGGCGAGGAGGCCCCUUCUGAUCAUUCAACACAGGGGCAGACCUCCCCCAAAGCCUCGGAUGAGGACUAUGAAACUGGCGCAUCCGACCAGGCCCACGACACCAGCACCGAAGGCCAUCAGCUUCAACCCUUUAAUUGCAACGUCGAACGCCCCCAGUCUGUCGCUGGCGAAGCCCUCUUCAUCGCGGUCAUCUGCUCCUCCCAGCUCCUCACUCAAGCCGGUCUUGCCCUCAGCAUCGUGCCCCAGCACAUCAUUGGUCGCUCGUUCGGCAUCGACGACCAACCUGGCCAGCUGAGCUGGUUCUCCGCUGGAUACUCUCUCACCGUCGGCACCUUCAUCCUUAUCGCAGGCCGCCUUGGUGAUGUCUUCGGCCACAAGACUUUCUUCGUUGGCGGCUACGUCUGGUUCGGCCUGUGGUCCGCCCUCGCCGGUGUCGCCGUCUACAGUGGCCCUAGCUUCUUCAUUUUCUGCCGCGCCAUUCAGGGCAUUGGCCCGGCUUUCUUACUACCCAACGCCAUCGCUAUCCUCAGUCGCUGCUACAACCCGGGGCUUCGCCAGAACAUGAUCUUCAGUCUGUUCGGUGCCACUGCCCCCGGCGGUUUUGUACUCGGCGCUGUUUUCUCCAGCCUGCUUUCCCAGAUGACAUGGUGGCCCUGGUCCUAUUGGGUCCUGUGUUUUGCGUGCCUUCUGCCGGCCGCCUUGGCCGUUUUUGUCAUUCCCGCAACCCCGGUACCAAGCAACUCAGAGCCUGAAAGUCCCAGUAUCUGGCAGCGUGUCGAUAUCUUCGGCUCCAUCACCGGCGUAGCCGCCCUGGUCCUCUUCAACUUCGCCUGGAACCAAGGCCCCGUUGUCGGCUGGCCGACACCUUACACCUACAGCAUCAUGAUUGUUGGCAUCCUCAUCUUCGUCGUCUUCGUCCUCAUCGAGAAGAGGGCGAGCAACCCUCUGAUCCCUCUGGGCGUCCUGCACAUAGAAUCCCUCUUCACUCUAGCCUGCAUCAGCGCCGGCUGGUCCAGCUUCGGUAUCUAUGUUUUCUAUACCUUGAAUCUCCUCGAAGUCCUGAGGGGCCAGACCCCUCUGCUCACGUCUGCCCAGUUCACUCCCGUCGCCAUAAGUGGGCUGUUUGCAGCGGGCACCACCGGUCUGAUCUUGAGUCACUUCCGCAUUUCGACCGUCAUGCUCAUGUCCAUGACCUUCUUUCUCAUUGGAGGCAUCAUCUUUGCGACUCUACCGGUCCACCAGACUUAUUGGGCGCAGACUUUCGUGGGUAUCAUCAUCCUCCCUUGGGGGAUGGACAUGUCCUUCCCCGCUGGCACCAUAAUCCUAAGUCGAGCUAUGCCGCGGCAGCAUCAGGGUCUCGCCGCGUCGCUGGUCACUACCUUUGUCAACUACUCUAUCUCCAUUGGGCUCGGGUUUGCCGGCACGGUUGAGGGACAGGUCAAUGAUGGAGGGAAGGACGUUCUACAAGGAUACCGGGGCGCACUUUACAUGGGUGUCGGCCUCUCCGGCUUGGGUGUAGCUGUAGCUCUAAUUUUCUGUUUUGUGGAACGGCAUCAGUCCAAGACGCCAGAAAAGGCGGCGCAGGAAAUGAGCGACACCCAGGAAGAAUGUGUUUAG